AUGACUUACGUUACCAUCCUCUACUUGACUCGCAAGCCAACCCUUACUCCCAAGCAGUUCAGAGACUACUACGAGAGCACUCACAUCCCGCUCAUCAAAUCCAUCUUCGGCUCCGUGGCACCUCUACGCCAUCGGCGCUGUUACCUUGCUCGCGCAAACAGUGACAGCAAAGAUUCCAAUGUUUCGGCCGACGCCGGCUAUCCACCGCUGGUGCUGAGAGGCACUCCGGAAGACUUCGACUACGACUGCAUUGCGGAGGUCUCGUGGGAGGACGAAAACGAUUUCAACGAUUUCAACAAGAUGUAUAUGCAGCCAGGGGUCAUGGAGAAGCUGGCCGAGGAUGAAGAGCGGUUUCUGGUGAGGGAGAAGCUGAGAGCUGUGGCAAUUGGGGAGGUCAUAGAGAGCUCCCCACGUAAUGAUUAUUGA